AACACAACCUCAAACACACCUGAACUAAAGCAGGAAUCAGUUUGUGAUUGUUGGUUCCUGCAGAGAGACGAUCAGAUUCACCUUCAGACCAAACUAGCAGCUUCCUCUCAGUGAGUCCAGCUGCAGGACAGAAAAGUGGAAACCUCCAACUCUGCUGCUUCAAGCUGCUCACACUGGAGCUUCACUCAGAGACAAAAUGGCUUCCAGAUCAGAGGAGGAUCUCUGCUGUCCGGUCUGUAAAGACAUCUUUAAGGAUCCGGUUGUUCUGUCAUGUAGCCACAGCUUCUGUAAGGAAUGUCUGAAGAACUGGUGGAGAGAGAAACCAGCAAGAGAGUGUCCAGUUUGUAAGAGGAAAUCUUCAAAGAUGGAACCACCUUGUAAUCUGGUUCUGGAGAGACUCUGUGAAUCAUUCCUACAACAGAAAGACCAAAAACUUUCAGAAAGUCUCUGCAGUCUGCACUCUGAGAAACUCAAACUCUUCUGUCUGAACCACCAACACCCAGUGUGUCUUGUAUGCAGAGAUUCAGAAAAACACAUCAACCACAGAUUCAGACCCAUCGAUGAAGCUGCUCAGCAACACAGAGAGAAUCUGAAAACAUCUCUGGAACUAUUAAAGAAGAAACUGGAGCUGAAGAAGAAAGUUAAAGAGGAGUUUGAUCAGACAGCAGAACACAUGAAGGUCCAGGCCCGACACACAGAGAGGCAGAUUGUUGAGCAGUUUAAGAAGCUUCAUCAGUUCCUAGCAGAGGAAGAGGAGGCCAGGCUGGCUGCACUGAGGGAGGAAGAGGAGCAGAAGAGAGGGAUGAUGAAGGAGAAGAUGGAGGCUCUGAGCAGAGAGAUAGCAGCUCUUUCAGACACAGUCAGAGCCACAGAGGAGGAGCUGAGAGCUGAAGACGUCUCAUUCCUGCACAACUACAAGGCUGCAGUGGAAAGAGUCCAGCGCUGCCCCCUGCUGGAGGAUCCACAGCUGCCCUCAGGAGCGCUGAUAGACCAGGCCAAACAUCUGGGCAACCUGGCCUUCAACAUCUGGAGCAACAUGAUGACCAUGGUGUCUUACACCCCCAUCGUCCUGGAUCCAAACACGGCGAAUCCGAUAUUAAUCCUGUCUGAAGAUCUGACUGGUGUGACUGUAGGACAGGAACAGCAGCUUCCUCAUAAUCCAGAGAGAUUUGAUCACUGGUGGUCUGUCCUGAGCUCUCAGGGUUUUAACUCAGGGAACCACCGCUGGGAUGUUGAUGUUGGAGACAGUAGAGCCUGGAUGCUUGGUGUUUUACCACAGUCAGUCCAGAGGAAAGGAGAGAUUCUGUCUGGACGGUUGGCUAUACAGUUCUAUAAGGGUAAAUACAUAGCACGUUCUCCAGCAGCUCCCCUCAUAGAUCUAUCUGUCCAGAAAAAUAUCCAGAGGAUCAGAGUGAAUCUGGACUAUGACAGAGGAAAGCUGUGGUUCACUGAUCUAGAUACUAACACACACAUUCACAUCUUCACACACACCUUCACUGACAGGAUGUUUCCAUACAUCAUCACUGCAGAUAAAGUAAAAAUCCUGCCGAUGAAGAUCUCAGUGGUCAAAUACAAGCUAUGAUGUUCUCAGCAUGAAGAACACAAAGUCUAAUGAAACCUGAUUGGUCAGGAUGCAGGUGUGCUGAUCCUGAACAGGUGAGGACAGUGGAAAGCUCUGCUGAUGGAAACAAACUUAGAUCCAAACAUCCAGACUGAUGGAUGAAGUUUUGUUUUCUUAAAAGAAGAACUCUGCUUCCGCUCAGCUCUUUAGGUUUCAUCAGGUUUAACUCUGGACUUUGAUUAGGCCAUUGCAGCACCUUGAUUCUGCUCCCUCAGAGAUACACUAUAUUGCCAAAAGUGAUUCACAUAUAAGCUUCAGUGACAUCCCAUUCCUAAUCCAUAGGGUUCAAUAUGACACUGGUCCACCCUUCAUCAGCUUCAGUCUACAAGGUUUAGGAGUGUUUAUAGGGAUUUUUGAUCAUUCUUCCAGAAGUGCAUUUGUAAGGUCACUUACUGAUGUUGGACGAGAAGGCCUGGCUCUCAGUCUCUAAUUCAUCCCAAAGAGUUCUAUCGGGUUGAGGUCAGGACUCUUAGAAAUUUUCACAAUACACUUUUGUGAUAAUUUUGAUAUUUUUUAUUCUUUACCUAAAAAUUAAAAGCAUUAAUAAACUAUUACUAUAACUAUUAAAAACUAGCAAACACACUCUAAAAACUAAUUAAUGCCAACUGAAUUCUGCCACAGAGAUACGUUGAGCUUGGUGAACCUACAUCCCGUUUUCUGCCUCUGACAGGUUUUCCUCCAGGAUUGUCCUGAUUUAGCUCCAUCCAUCUUCCUACAGCAUGAUGCUGCCGCUACCAUCAUGCUGGUAGGGUAGUGUGUUCAGAGUGAUGUUUAAUUUUGCAUGUAAAUCAAACACGAUAAAGGUAAAAGUGAAAUGACAUCUGGAGAAAAUCAGAUUUUCCUUGACUAACCCAGGAAUAUAUAUUUGUCAACCAGUACUUACUUUGAUGGAGACAUUUAAAUUUACAUUUAAAUAUGCACUCUGCAUGUAUUUCAUGCACAUGCUAUGGAAUGCAUUGCCACC